CUUGCCGUUUUAGGGCCUGAAUGAUUUGGCAGCAAUGGUUCGACUUGGACGUUUGACCAAACUCCAAUGUUCUGGAGUAAGUGCAAUGAUCACUGUCGAUGUUCACGCAAGAGAUGUGAUAUCUUCUUUGGUCGGCCGUGAAAUCAAUAGUGAGGCACACUUUGAAUGGUUGAAACAACUUCGUUACUAUUGGGAUACCAAGGACGGAUGUGUCGCGUACUCGGCCAACGCUCGUUGGUUGUAUGCGUUCGAAUACCUAGGUUCAUCUCCUCGAUUAGUGAUAACGCCAUUAACUGACCGAUGCUACUUAUGCAUGAUGGUUGCGCUUCAGUUGUGUUUAGGAUGUGCAUUGUCUGGACCCUCGGGUGCCGGAAAAACUGAAACGGUUAAGGGCCUCGCAAAAGCGUUAGCUACACAAUGUGUCUUAUUCAACUGUUCUGAUGGAUUUAAUUAUAAAACAAUGGGCAGAUUUUUUUCUGGUUUAGCUCAAUCAGGAGUGUGGUGUUGUUUCGACGAAUUUGAUCGUGUAAGGAUCGAAGUACUAUCUGUUAUCGCACAACAACUAAUCACUAUCACGAACGCAAAACUGACUAAUGUCAACAAGUUCAUUUUCGAAGGCCGAGAGAUUAGACUGAUUAGGACAUGUGCAGCAUUUGUAACGAUAAAUCCAGAAUAUUUGGGAAGAAGUAAAUUACCGGAAAAUCUACAAGCUUUGUUUAGAUCUAUGACAAUGAUGAUACCAGACUAUAGUUUAAUUGCAGAGGUUGUAUUGUAUUCUGAAGGGUUUCAGUUGUCAAAAAUGCUGUCUCAUAAAAUAGUAAAAGUGUAUCAAUUAUGCAGUGAACAGCUUUCAAUUCAGAACCACUAUGAUUUUGGGAUGAGAGCUGUAAAAAGCGUUUUAAUAAUGGCGGGCUUAUUGAGACGAGAAAAUCCUAUCAUUGAAGAAAAUGUAAUCGUCGUCAAAGCGUUGAGGGAUAGUAAUUUACCAACAUUUCUAAAAGAUGACGCCAUAUUAUUCAAGGAUAUAUUAGAAGAUUUAUUUCCAGAAAUUUUCUUACCAGAACAAGAUUAUGAAAUAUUCUUAUCGACUGCCAAAUGCGUGAUGGAAAGUGAAGGCUAUCAAAUUAAAGAAUGCAUUUAUGUAAAAAUUAUACAAUUAUUGCAGACAAUAAUCGUCCGACAUGGUAUCAUGACUGUUGGUCCGACGGGGAGUGGAAAAACUACGAUUUUAAAAAUACUUGGUAAAACAUUAUCAGAACUUUAUAAUCAGAAAAUAGAAAACCUACAUUACAGACCAGUGAACAUAUACCGACUUAAUCCUAAAGCGAUUUCGAUAAGCGAACUUUACGGCCAACUAGAUCUCCUUACAAUGGAAUGGAGAGACGGAUUACUUGGAAAAAUUAUAAGAAAAACAGUGCAAGCAGAAAAGGAAGAAUUUCAGUGGGUGGUAUGUGACGGCCCUGUUGAUGCAAUAUGGGUCGAAAAUCUAAAUACCGUUCUUGACGAUAGCAAGAUUUUGUGUCUAGCCAAUUCCGAACGCAUAAAAUUGAGCUCCUGGGUUAGAAUGGUUUUUGAAGUUGGUGAUUUAUCACAAGCAUCGCCCUCUACAGUUAGCAGAUGUGGAAUUGUUUAUAUGGACACAUCGAACCUAGGAUGGUUACCAUACGUACAGUCGUGGGCAAAUCGAUUACAGAAUGAUGUCAUUAAAAGUGCAGAAUUAAAAAAAUAUCUUAUGUCAUUAUUUGAAACUUAUGUCAACGAAGGCUUUUCAUUUGUUGACAAACAUUGUUUGGCUCCCAUUCAACAGGUGGAAAUUAGUAAAGCGACAAUGAUGUGUACAAUUCUCGAAUCUCUAUUAACUGACCCUGGUAGUUUUGAUGUGUCAACGGAAAUUUCAAAUGUUCAAAAAUAUAUUUAUCAAUCAUUUAUAUUCUCAUAUUUGUGGUCUCUAGGAUCAAAUUUAGUCGAUUCUUCCCAAAUUAAAUUCGAAAAUUUUGUUUUCAAUCAAUUUGCAGACAUUCCUGAAUAUGGUAUUCUACCAGGAACGAAAUUAUUUGACGUUUAUCUAAACUUGGAAAGUAAAAAGUUUGAACAUUGGAAUACCAUCAUCCCAGAUUUUGUAUAUAAGGCGCGUAUACCUUAUCACGAAUUACUAGUGCCUACAGUAGAUAGCAUUCGGUAUACACAUGUUGCACAAAGAAUUGUACAUAUGAACCAACCAGUGAUGUUGACUGGAACAACAGGUGUAGGUAAGACUUCGGUAGCAAAUUUUGUCAUGCAAGACUUAAGGUCUAUGGGGGACUGGAUAACUGAAACGAUCAAUUUUUCUGCAUACACAAAUAGUAACAGGACCCAAGAAGUAUUGGAAUCAAAAUUAGUGAAGAAAAAACGAAAUCGUUUCAGUGCACCGGUAAAUAAACGUUUGGCGCUCUUCGUUGAUGAUGUCAACAUGCCGAUACCCGAAAUUUACGGUGCUCAACCUCCUAUUGAAUUGCUAAGACAGUUUUUGGAUUCCGGUGGCAUAUAUGAUAGAGGUAAACUGGAUUGGAAAGACAUAGAUAAUGUGAUUUUGUGUACCAUCUGCUCGCCUCCAGGAGGAGGACGAAAUCUAUUAACUCCGAGAUUCACAAGACAUUUUUCAAUGAUGUUCAUGCCCAAUACAAGUGAAAAUUCCAUGAAAACUAUAUUCACAUCUAUUUUGGACAGUUUUCUAGAAGAGUUCCCUGAAAAUAUAGCUAAUACUAGUUCAAAAAUAGUGGGAGCCAGUGUUAAAAUUUAUUUGAGUAUUUCAGAAAACUUAUUACCGACUCCGGCCAAGCCGCACUAUGUGUUUAAUCUAAGAGAUUUGUCGAAGACCAUACAAGGAGUCUUGCAAGCUAAUUUCAUCACAAUACUGGAACAAACACAUUUAUACCGACUAUGGUAUCACGAAACAUUGCGUGUGUAUCACGAUCGUUUAGUUUGCCAAAAAGACAGGUCGUAUUUCUUUAAAGUUCUUCAGGACGUGUGCACACGUUAUUUCAACACUGAAGAGUUAGACAUUUCGAAAUCUACAGACGAAAAUUCAUCACGUCCUCCAAUAUUAUUAUUUGGUGAUUUCAUGAAUUCAGUUUCGAGAGAGAGAAGAAUUUACGAAGAAAUAAUUGAUAUCGAUAAAUUAAAAACCACGUUGGUCGAAAGAUUAACAGAUUUUAAUAUAGUUCAUAAUAAAGACAUGCACAUCAUAUUUUUCAUGGACGCCAUCGAGCAUAUCACACGUAUUGCGAGGAUACUAAGAUUUGAAAGAGGAAACGCUUUACUCGUUGGAGUUAAUGGAAUGGGCAAACAAUCUUUGACAAAAUUGUCUUCACACAUAAACACUUUCAAAUGUUUUCAAAUCGAGUUAACAAAAUCUUAUAAUCAUGCUACUUUUCGUGAAGACUUAGUGAAUCUUUAUCACAACACCGGUGUGAAAUUUGAAGACACUACAUUUUUAUUCACUGAUAAUCAGAUAGUACAAGAAGAAUUUUUAGAAGAUAUAAACAAUAUUUUAAGCACAGGGGAAGUACCAGAUUUAUUUAAACAUGAUGUCUUGGAGAAUGUGAUAACUGCUUGUCGGCCAGCAGCAUUGAACUUAGGAAUCGACGGCCAGAAUCAAGAAGCCAUGUUCAGAUUUUUCAUACAGCGCGUUCGCUCUAAACUCCAUCUCGUCGUAUCCAUGAGCUCCAUCGGCGAUGAGUUUAGACGGAGAUGCCGGCUGUUUCCUUCGUUGGUUUAUAACACUACGAUAGAUUGGUUUGAUGAUUGGCCGGCCGAAGCUUUUUUGUCUGUAGCUCACCAAAGUUUAGAAGAGGCUUUUGGGCAAUCAGAAAACCUUGACAUCGUCGACAGCCUAACGGAUGUGUGUCACAACAUGCACUUGACUAUCAUUCGAGAAACUGACAAGUUUUGCAAACAAACGGCGAGGAGCUGCUACGUAACCCUCAAGAGUUAUUUGGAAUUUCUGAAAUUGUACGUAAAAAUGCGAGGGUCACAAACUGACAAGAUUAAAAACGAUUCAGCCCGGAUUUCGAAUGGUUUACGCAAGUUGUACGAGACAUUUGACAUGGUAGGAGAUAUGAAAACAAAAUUAAAAUCUAUGGCACCGGCACUCUUAGAGAAAAAUGAAGCCACCACAAAACUAAUGGAAGGCCUGACAAGAGAAAAAGCGAGCGUAGAUAAGGUGCGGCAAAUAGUACUUGUGGAAGAGGCAGCAGCGAAAAUGAAAGCUUCAGCUGCACAGGAAAUAGCCGAAGAUGCCCAAAGGGACCUAACUUUGGCUAUGCCAGCGAUGGAAGCAGCCAAAGCGGCAUUAGAGUCACUAAAUAAAAACGAUAUAAACGAACUAAGGAUGUUGAGCAAGCCACAUAAACUCGUUCAAACUGUUAUGGAAGCCGUGUGUUUGUUAUUGUCAAAAAAAACUGAUUGGACUUCGGCUAAAACAGUACUAGGAGAUGCCAAUUUUCUAAAAGCUCUUCAAGAAUACGAUACAGACAAUAUAUCUGACAAAUUAAUCAACCAACUUAAGCCCUAUAUAGAAGAUCCAGAUUUCAAUCCACAGAAAGUAGCUACUCAAUCAAAAGUUGCCAAAUCAAUGUGCAUGUGGGUUCGAGCUGUUCACAGUUACUCUCUAGUAUAUCGAAUAGUAGAGCCCAAAAGAAAGAAACAACAAGAAGCCGAAGACGAACUCAACGUCGUGUUGAAAGAACUAAGAACAAAACAAAAAAUGCUAGCUGAUGUAGAAGAACGUUUACAAAAACUCGAAGACGUUUACGACCGAAGCGUUUCAGAGAAAAACAAAUUAGAAUUGAACAUAGAGCGAACUCAAUCACGGUUGAACCGGUCAGAUUUACUAGUCGCGGCGCUGAGUGAUGAACAGCAGAAAUGGGAAAACAAUUUGAAAACGUACUCUCAACGUCUGUCGACCAUAGUUGGAGAUACAAUAAUAGCAGCCGGAAGCAUCAACUAUCUGGGACCAUUUACGGAUGGCUAUCGUAAGGAGAUAACCCUUUCGUGGUUACAGGAGUUAACACGACACAAUGUUCGGCAUUCACCAAAUUAUUCCCUGAGCUCUGUGUUGGUUGAUCCUUCUGAGCUGCGGUUGUGGAAUGUCUGUGGUCUGCCCCGGGAUCCGGUUUCGACGGAAAGUAUGAUAAUUGCGACAAGAGCAAGUCGGUGGCCGCUGAUGAUAGACCCUCAAGAGCAGGCGAACAAAUGGAUCAAGGCUUUGGAAGCAGACAAUUCUCUGAUGACGUGCAAAGGUGCAGAUUCCGUCGACGAUCUGACGGACGCGAUUAUCGAUGCUGUCAGGCUGGGCGGUGCCGUUCUAAUUGAAGUCCUUGAUGAGCACAUAAGCCCCGCACUCAAACCUGCGCUGGAAAACAUCACGUUUUUACGAGAUGGACGCCUUUUGAUGCGCAUUGGAAAUACCGACGUAGAAUACGACAGUAAGUUCAGAUUCUACAUGACGACCAAAAUGUCAAAUCCUCAUUAUCUGCCAAACGUGUGGAUGCAAGUGACGAUGGUAAAUUUUAUAUUAACGCCGAUAGGAUUAGAAGAUCAGUUAUUGGCUCAUGUCGUGCGAUUAGAAAGACCCGAAUUAGAAGAAAAACGGACCGAAACAAAUUUGAUAAUAAAUAACGACAAUAAUAUAUUAAAAGAAAUGGAAGAAAAAACUUUAAGAAUGCUAUAUAUAUCAGAGGGAAACAUUUUAGAUGACGAAGAACUUAUCGAUACACUCAACAACAGCAAGGAAUCGUCAAUUAUUAUAGCUGGGCGUUUAGUCGAUGCUGAAGAAACGGAAAAAAGCGUUAAUGCCGCACGAGAGCGUUAUCGAGCUAUAGCAAAACGAGGUUCAUGUCUUUAUUUUGUUGUGGCUCAACUAUCUGAAAUCAACAUUAUGUAUCAGUUUUCUUUGAACUAUUUUAAUUCCAUACUUUCCAAUGUGAUAAAAAACAGUAACAAAUCGAUGAAAUUCGACGCAAAAAUGACAACCAUUAUUGAAGAUCUUACCAUGGCAGUUUAUACAAAUAUUUCUAGAGGCUUGUUUGAAUGUCAUAAAUUAAUAUUCAGUUUUUUACUCAGCAUCAACAUAAAUUUACAAAUAGGCAAAAUCACUAAUGCCGAAUGGAAGUUUUUGCUUCACGGGCCCGUGGGUACAGAAAAAAAAAACAUUCCGGAAAAACCAAUGGUAUUGACGGAAGACACUUGGAAAACUGUAAACUACAUGUCUGAAAUAUUUCCUAAGUUUAAAAGUCUUUCGGAAAACUGCACUGGACGUAUACGAAUCAAACUUGGUAAUUUUGUUCAGAAUAUUCAUUUAGAUCCCGAAAAUAAUAACCCUGCAGAAAAUUGGGAUUCAAUAUUGAAUUCAUUCGAAAAACUUAUGAUUAUAAGAGCACUUAAAGAAGAAAAAUUAAUUUGUGCGAUCUCUAAUUACGUUAUUACCGAACUUGGUAAAAAGUUUGUUGGAAGUCCGGAUGUUUCCUAUAGUUCACUGUACACCAACAUUUCAUCUACGGUACCGUUAAUUUUUAUACUCAGUCCAGAUUCAGAUCCAUUUAAGUCUUUCCAAAAGUUUUCAGUAGAAUUUGGCACAAUAGACAAGCUACAUGCAAUAUCUCUAGGCCAGAGCCAGGGACUUAUUGCAGAAAAGCUAAUAAAGAAUGGAAAAGAACAAGGAAACUGGGUUUUCUUACAAAAUUGUCAUUUAGCACCAUCGUGGAUGCUUCACAUGGACAAUUUAGUUCAAGAACUGAUCGAUAACCCGUUGAAAGUCAACCAAAAUUUCCGAUUGUUCUUGAGUUCAGCGCCUUCACACGAUUUUCCAACUUUUGUCCUACAAAAUUCGUUGAAAGUUACUAUCGAACCACCAAAUAGCUUGCAAGCAAAAAUCAAAAAAUCGUUCGCAAACAUGAAUAUUGAUUUUUUUGAAGACAAUGCUUUUGGAUCUGAUUGGCGAAAAAUGGUUUUCGGGCUGUGUUUUUUCCACGCUGUUGUAUUAGAAAGAAAGAAAUUCGGAUCACUUGGAUGGAACGUACCAUAUGCCUUUACUGAUAGUGACUAUGAAUACGCUAUGCGCUUAUUACAUACGUACUGCUUAACUGCGAAAGAAAUACCCUGGGAUGCUUUGCAAUACAUCACUGUUGACAUUAAUUAUGGUAGCAGAGUUAACGAUUAUUGGGAUCAAAAAACCUUGAAGACGAUACUAUUGAAUUUCUUAGGUCCUCAUACACUCGAUUCGAAUUAUAAAUACUCUGAGUCUGGCAUUUACUUUUGUCCGGAAACAGAAAACUGUUCCACCAUCGAUAACUAUCAACAAUUUAUUGAUAAACUACCAAUGACAGAAGAACUAGAAAUAUUUGGAAUGCACGAAAAUGCCAACAUAGUGUAUCAAACUAGAGAAACACAAGAAGCAUUACGGACAAUCUCUGGUGUCUAUCCGAAAACGCUAAUAGUUGCUGCUUGUAAACCAGAUGACGAAAUCGUUAUAGACAUAACAGUCGAUAUUUCCAAAAGACUUAUUAGCUCUAUAGAUUUUCAUCAAUCUCAUUUUACAAUAUUGAAACCUGACGAAAAAGGACGAUUGCCUCCAUUAUCUACAGUUUUAUCACAAGAGAUCGAACGUUUUAAUAUAUUACUCGACGUCGUGCACAAUACUUUAACUGGCCUACGUGAGGCCAUCGAAGGACACUCAAUAAUGUCUACAGAAUUAGAAGCAGUGUACUGGUCAUUCAUGAACAAUACAGUACCGACAAUGUGGCGGAACAGAGCGUAUCCCUCGUUGAAAACUUUGGGCAGUUGGAUCAAAGACUUAAUACUAAGACUUGACUUUAUUAAUAUCUGGUCGAAAUUCGGAAGCCCUACCUCUUACUGGAUCUCUGGAUUAUAUUUUCCAAAAGGUUUUAUCACCGGAUGUCUUCAAAGGCACGCCCGGAAAUAUAGCAUACCCGUCUAUAGUUUAAAAUUCGAUUUUGAGAUUACCAGCACUGUUCUGGCACAAAAGGAAAUUUCGGCCAUGCACUCGACCAGUUUUAAAGUAGAAACUCAAGUUUAUAAAGGUUUGGCGGAAGGAGAUGAUGGCGUUUAUGUCCACGGGCUAUUUCUAUGCGGUGGACGCAUCGACUUAGACAGCAAACGUCUCGUGGAUCCCAUUCCGGGGGACCUGUAUUCUCCACUACCAGUUAUACAACUAAUACCCUCGGUAGACAUAGACGAAAAAAGGUUGCGAUAUAAUUGUCCUGUGUAUAAUACCGCUGCUCGAACAAGUGUUCAUCCGACCACUGGACACAACACGCAUUUUAUAAUUGCCAUAUUAUUGCCGACAGACUUUCCGGAGAGUUAUUGGAUACUUAGGGGAACCGCUAUUAUUGCUCAAAUAUCAAAUUAAUUAAUUCUUAAUUCCUUUUAAUCUUAUAUCAUAUCAUAUCGCAUUCGAUGUACGUGUUUAAAUUUCAAAUGUUGAUCAGUUGAUCAGUUAAUGAGUCAUACUGUUUUUUAUUCAUAUAUCACGUCAUUAAGAGUUACUCAUUAAUCUGAUACUUCAAGGGUCAAUUAUCUUUAAAUUGUAAAACAUAUUAUUAGAUUAUUAAAGUAUUAUUACAGAAUAUUUAUUUUUUG